AUGGAUAGCAUGAGUGAGGCAUUUGAUCAAAUGCAAAUGGUCAAGGAUGUUCUAGCCAACAGUGAUAAAGUUUCAGAGGUCCUACAAGAGUCUACUCAUCAGUUCAACCUGCUUACUUCACCCACCUUCCUACCAAAGGUCAAGGAUCAAGGGAAAUUCACUCUCCCUUGCACACUUGGGCAUCUUGAGAUUGACAAUGCCUUAGUGGAUUCUGGAGCAAGCAUCAAUCUGAUCUCUCUCUCCAUGGCAGAGAAGCUAGGCAUUGCUGGAGCCUUGCAGCGCCCUACUGAUAUACCUCUAUUUUACAUGCUUUUUAUAUGGUUUUACUAUGCUUUUCAUAAGCCGGCCGAACGCACUCGGCCGGACAGGAAGGGAAUUGGCUUCGCUCGGCCUUCUCCAGGACCGAUCCGGCCGCACGACCGCACCGUCCGACCCGGGAGGCAAUGGACCACGAUCGACCGAGAUCAUCACAUCACGGCCGACCCGGACGGCCGACCACAUGCCUUGCACGGUCGACCCGAUGUCCGCGAACAAGAAGCCCACUUAUGCAGUUUUGACAAUUCUCAGCCCAGUUAA